GCCAGCCAAUGGGGAGGCGCGCUCUUGCCCUUUCCGCUGAGCGUGAGCAAGGUCACUCCCGGCGCUAAGAUGGCGGCGGGCGCCGUCUCCGCGCGGGAGGGUGGCGAGGACGCCUUCCGCCGGCUCUUUCGCUUCUACCGGCGGUGGGAGGGCUCGGACCCUUCUGGGGCCAUUGAUUUCUCGAAGCCAGCGGCGCGGCAGAUUGUCAGCUCUUCCCUGAGUUUUUCCUCAGUAAGUGAUCACGAUGCUUACAGAGCAGGACUGCGUCCAGUUAAUCAAUGGAAAGCCUAUGGCCUCAAAAACUAUCCAGGGUUUAUAUUUAUCCCAGAUCCCUUCCUUCCAGGCUGCCAGCGUCACUGGGUGAAGCAGUGCCUGAAGACAUACACCCAGAAGCCUAAUGUGUGCAAUUUGGAUAUGCACAUGUCUUCUUCGGAAACCACUGAUCUGUGGGGGAAGAGUCAGCAUCAGUUGCGAAACAAAAGUUCCAGCAAACGGGCCUCAAAAACGUUACUGGAAAAGCUUCGCUGGGUGACUUUGGGUUACCAUUAUAACUGGAAUACAAAGAAAUAUUCAGCCAACCACUACACGCCUUUUCCAUCUGACUUGGCUUUCCUCUCGGAGCAAGUGGCUAAAGCUUGUGGUUUUCCACGUUUCCAAGCGGAAGCAGGAAUCCUCAACUACUAUCACUUUGAUUCAUCUCUGGGAAUUCACGUGGAUGAGUCCGAAUUGGACUAUUCUCAACCGCUUCUAUCAUUCUGUUUUGGACAGUCAUCCAUAUUCUUGUUAGGGGGGCUGAAACGAGAUGAAGCCCCUGUGGCCAUGUUCAUGCACAGCGGGGACAUGAUGAUCAUGUCCGGCUUCAGCCGCCUGCUGUACCACGCAGUCCCCAGGAUUCUGCCCAACCUGGAGGGGAAGCCUUUGCCUUCUUGCCUGGAACUGCCUCUCCCUGCUGACCUUCCUGAAGACUCUGUUAUGGAGCCCUGCUCUCAGGAGGACUGGCAAGUCUGUGCCAAGUAUCUGCAAGCAUCCCGUGUCAACAUGACUGUCAGGCAAGUGCUUGCUGAAGGUCAGAGCUUCCCAACUGAAGCCAGGACAGGGAGAGACCUGGAUGCUUCCUCCGUAGGCUCUUAUCACGAGGAGCACAGUGAAAUAAAAAAACACAAGUCUGAUUCGGGCAGCUGAAACCUAGCCAUAUGGAGCAGCAACAUACGAAGUGCAUGUGUAACAAAAUGUUUUGAACUUUGUGGGCAAAGUACAUGGCUCGGACCAAAAGACUAUUUGUGUUGUGUUAUCUCCCAAGGUCACACAACUAAAGAAUGUCACUCCAGUGCUUUGGUUAACACCAUCUGAAUAUAAUAUAUAUUCCCUGACUUACAGCUGUCUUGUUACUCACUGUUACAAGUGACAUCUUUUAGAAGACAUCUGAAGGCAGCCCUGUUUAGGGAAGUUUUUAAUAUCUGAUGUUUUAUUAUAAUUUAAUUUUUUUG